CGCAUACAAAGGGGGGUUUAAUGGUGUUUAAGUAAGACGAUAAACCCAUUUGUAUGCAAUAGAAGGGGUUUAUCUUUUUCGCCUAAGCUCCGUUACUAUACUCUUAUUUUGAAGGGGGAUGCUUUUUUUUCCCCAUUGGGUGUAAAACUUUUCUCUGUGCAGUCAGCAGCACCGCCUCCGCGAUUUGCGUGGCAGCGUAUGAACUCUACCCCGCCACCACGUCAUUCCUGUCAGGGCGCUUCAUUCUUCCGCUACCUUUGGGAUCCGAGUAGAGAAAAAGUGCGCAGGUUCGAUUCCCCCCCAGAACCAUGAUGACUGGAUUUCGGCUGAAUCUGUCCCCGCUCAAAGAGCCGCUGGGCUUCGUCAAACUGGUGGAGUGGUUGACGGCCAUCUUUGCGUUUGGAAGCUGCGGUGGUUAUUCCGGGACAAACGUCAUCUCUCUCUUCUGUGGAAAUGGGACGAACGAGACGCUCUCCGCUGCCUUCAGCUACCCCUUCAGGUUAAGCGAGGUUUCACUGGUCGAGUCAAACCUGACUUUCUGCAACCACACGGCUGGCCCCACCCACCUGGUGGGAGACUCCGCCUCCUCGGCAGAGUUCUUUGUGGGCGUGGGCGUGGUCUGCUUCCUGUACUCCAUGGUGGCACUGCUUGUGUAUCUGGGCUACAUGCACGUGUACAAGGACUCCGACUUCGGGCCCAUCAUUGACUUCCUGCUGACGGCGGCGCUGGCCUUCCUCUGGCUGGUGAGCUCGUCGGCGUGGGCCAGGGGGCUGCAGACCGUGAAGCACGCCACCGGGGACGCGGGCAUCGCCGCCACGCUGGGUGUCUGCGCGCAGGGCGACGUCACCUGCCGGGUCACGGAGUUCGCCAGCCUGCGGUCCCUGAACGUCUCCGCGGUGUUUGGCUUCCUGAACCUUUGUGUGUGGGCGGGCAACGCCUGGUUCGUGUACAAAGAGACCCGCUGGCACGCACAGAAACACGGGGGCCAGGCGGUCCCCCAAAGGACCCAGGUCCCUGCAGCCAUAUGAACACACACACACGCACACACACAUCAGAUAAACAUAUGUAAACACACACACGGGUGACUGAACGCAGUUGCCCACAAAAGCCGUAAGCGCAAAUAUAAACAAAGAACACGCACACACACACACACACACACACACACACACACACAGUGCCUUUUGAAGAUGAAGAGUUAAUACUGCCAGUUAGUAAAGAAAAAAGGAAAUAUAUAUUGGUGCUAUCAUCCACAUUGUACAAAACGAUCUCACACACACAUACACACAUGCACGCACACCUGCACGCAUACAUACAUACAUACAUACACACAUACAUACAUACAUACAUACAUACAUACAUACAUACAUACAUACAUACAUACAUGCAUACAUACAUACAUACAUACAUACAUACAUACAUACAUACAUACAUACAUACAUACAUACAUACAUACAUACAUACAUACAUACAUACAUACAUACAUACAUACAUACAUACAUACAUACAUACAUACAUACAUACAUACAUACAUACAUGAGAUCUCACACACACUCUCUAAGACAACAUGAUAUAUACACACAUUCAAACGCAAAAAACACACGUACACACAUAGAGCUGAGGCGACAUGCACGCUACAAAAACACCUUCAUAUAUAGACACAAUCACACGGGCACACACACACCCACACACACACACACACACACACACACACACACACACACACACACACACACACACACACACACACACACACACACACACACACACACACACACACACACACACACACACACAUUAUAAAUGAGUGUGUGAGAUGCAUGAGUGUUCACACUCAUGCAUACACAUCUGUGAAGCGUACACACUGGUGACUAAAAUCACUCGUCCACGAUCCAGCCAGAAUAACAAAUACAAUCAGAGAACACGCACACGCACACGCACACGCACACACUAAUAGUGCCUUUUGAAGAUGCAGAUGAGGCAGAGUUAAUACUAGAAAAUCCUGUCUUUUUACAAUUGGUUAUAUCGGUGCUAUCAUCCACAUCAUACAAAACUGACGUGUGGAUGACUCAGCCCAACCAUUAAGAGAGGAUAACCUAUAUUUUAAACAGUUUCCCUUGUUCUUGUGCCAUUCCUGAACCUGUGUCUAAAGCCAUAAAGUCCACUUACAAUAAGGCAACUUACAAGUGAUAUACUAUGUCAUAGUCCCCUCCCAAGUCUCAUUCCUUAAUUAUUAUACACUUAUCAUAUGUAUUAUUAUUAUUAUUAUUAUUAUUAUUAUCAAAAGAAGUUGUAGAGCUGUUGUCUAUAUUCUUUGGUGUCAAACUGAAGUUGUCCAUCAGGCUAGUUGCUACUAAAGAGGGACUCUACUCAAGGUACCAAUUCAGUUUCUCAUUGGGCCAGGGUCUGAAUUCGGUUGAUCUCUAUUCCUGAGGCUGAAAGAGACUCAGAACCAGCCUCUACCAGCAGGUACACACCCAUUGUAUCUGACAGAGAGGGUUAAUGCAAAUCCAAAUGCUUUGGACGAUAAGCACGGGUGAAUCUUGUAAGCGGUACGUUAACCAUUUCCCUUUAGCUGUGAGACACAGCAGUAUUCUCCCGUAGAAAUGUAAACUCGGUUAUGCAUUGUUGGCCGGUGUGUUUUAUAACAUGAAUGCACUCUCUACCCCCUACCAGUUGUGUUGGAGUUUGGUCAUGAUCACCGACCAUACCUUAUGUUACACAAACCAUUGUGAGUUGGUAACAUUAUUAUUACAUCAACAUGAUGUUGAUGUUAUGAUAAUUACACAAUAUUGAACUUUAUACUGUUGUACAAAAGUCACUUUUUUCAUUCAUUAAUUUCGCACAAUUUGUUUUUAUUUAGCUCUAAAUGAGCAGCAAUAAAUUUGAGUUUGACCAGAAGGAAAAGAGGUGUUCAUGUUACGAUGAUGUUAUAAAGAUGUUGAAGUAAACUGAAUUUUGUUCACAUUUGUCCUUUCCAUCCUCUAUGGGACAAGUCUUUAGUUGCUUUUGACCAAAGCAGCAUUUUUUUAUUCUAGAAAGAUCUGAACGAUCUUAAUCACCUAUUGUGUUAUUUUAUAUAAAAAAAUCCAAUGAAGGACUAUUUGGUGGUUUGUACAAUGGUUGGUGGUUUGUUAUACCAUUGAGAUUACACAGAAACUGUACUUUUGUUUGUUAUUGACAAUAUGAUGGCUUUUAAUUUUUUUUUAAGUGUUGCACAUUGCCUCAGAUCAGGGUUAUGUAUGACCGAGGCCAAAUUGAAGACAUGAAUGUGUGUGUGUUGGUGUACUGGUUAUGCCACUGCUUCUGUAAUGUUUCCAGCUAAGCACGUUGCCUCACAAUAGUCCCACCAGCUGACGUAUGCCGUUCAGGAGAAUGGUAUUCAGCCUCUCUGCCAAAGUUCUUGUUUUUUUAAAUAAAAGUCAAUAAAUAA